AUGGAUGGGUGCAACAGUCUUCGUCAUUCCGGGCAAAUUAUAGAUUUUCACUGCUUAUUAGUUUAUGAUGCUUCAUUUAAGAUUUUGAAAGCAAUAAUUGAGAAUAGGGAACGUAAAUCAAACCCCAAACUUGUGGUAGUAUUCUUAGAGGGACGUCUGUCGGUUGGCAGUUCUCGUAUGUUGUUUAAUUUCUCGGCUGUUCAAGGCUACAAUUCAACGAAUUUUCCUGUUGGUCUCGUGAUCAUCAGCUUAUUUUGGAUGUUUCAGGUGUUAAGUUUUAUGGCACGAAAUGAGUCCCCAUCCCAGCCAAGUAGUUCGAGUGUAAGUCAGGCCGUACAGAAUGGUGUUCCGAAGCAAGUAAAAAUUUCAAUAAAAAUCAUUUCUGCGAAACUCAAUGCUACGGGUGGCUUCUUGAGUAAACCUGCCGAUUCCUAUGUUGAAGUGUCCAUUGAGGGUAGCCAAAGUAGCAAGAAGACUUCCGUCAAGAAGAAGAGCAACAAUCCCGAAUGGGACGAAUCGCUUUCGCUCCCCGUAACGGAUUCUUCUGUUCUUCUCUUCCGUGUAUAUAGUAGAGCAAAACUAUUUGACGAUCCUCUGAUCGCACAGGCUCAGAUGAAAAUUGCUGCAAUACCGAAAUUGGACAGUGGAGAGUUUAAUCCGACCGCCAUUACUAUACAGCUCAAUGGAAAAGACAAUAACAAAGUAGGUACUCUGAAAGUGGCUUUUUCUGGUAAUCUGGAGCGAAGCCGAAGAAGCGUAGGUUCAAAUGGGCGCCUAGCUGAAACCGCUGACGGUGAAGCGUCGACAUCUACUGGAGCCAUGGCAAGACGUACUUCGGUGAAGAAUCGUGACACAAUUGCCCAGUCUCAACAACAAGCUGCAACAGAGGAACGUCUUCCAGAUGGAUGGGAAAUGCGUUACGAUCAAUAUGGCCGCAAAUACUACGUGGAUCAUACAACAAAGAGUACAACAUGGGAACGGCCAUCCACUCAGCCACUUCCAUCUGGUUGGGAGAUGAGAAGGGAUCCGCGUGGUCGAGUGAGUAGUACCAUUUUCACUGUGUUGUGUAUUAUGUUGAUCAUAAUACUCGAACGACAACUUGGCAGAGACCAAACCGCUGAUAGUGAAUGA